AUGAGGGUACAAGAUCAUAGCAGAGGAGCGGCUGGUUUUGAUGACGUCACCAAUGAGCUUGCUUCCGCCACCUGCUGGAAAAGAAAGGAGGAAAUGAGCAUUUCUACUUUUUACUGCUGGAACAAUAUUCAUAGCGUCAUGAUGUCGAAUAAGAAAGUGAAUUUAGCAGUGCUGGGCCAAAAAAAUGUUUCAAUUCAAAGAGAUGUAGCACAAGAGGAACAGAGUAAAGACUGCAAUGACGUGUCCGUGAAAAAGAAGACGAGAAGUGACAAAAUGUCCGGGCUACUAAAAGUAAAAUUCCCAAAGUUAGUCAAACCGUCUUUGGCCAAUGAUGUGAGCAGAAAGGAACCCAAUAUGUGCAUGUUCACCCUGCCCAAAGUUCCUGAAAUGGUUUGUCAACCUGUUGAAGACCCUUUCUUUUUCUCCAAAAGACAACAAAGCAAAGUCUCCAAUGAGAAAGAGAAGAACAAAAGCGGAGAAAGAAGCAAUGACUGUUACCGACUGCCUGGUGGCUUUCAGUGUGACGACCAUCCCUCCAGCAUCACAGAGCUGAAACUCAUCCAGGGAAUCAUCUUGUCCAUCUGUUACGUCUGCACUUUCGUCCUUCUCCUCUUCUUCCUCAAAGUCAUCCGGGUACUCGGCAUGAUCUGCAACACCUUGGGAACGCUGUGGAAACACUGGAGGAGACAAAGAAUCUGA